GUGACUGAUUCCUUCCCGCCAAAUACAAGGGAAAGUUAUUGAGCGCGGUGGGUGAAGUAGUUUAUGUGUACUGGUGCAGAACAGGACCGUAUACAAAUCGUAGAUACACGGAUUAAGCUACGGUUAUCAACUCGGUCAUACGUCCUGCAGUUUUUGCGGGGCGUGUUAAGUCGGGAAAAUGCUGGGGAAGGGAGACACAGAAGACGGGUCCAACACCCAGGAAAGGAGAAGGAGCCCAGCAGCCGUGAAAGCCUCUUCCAAAAUCCCCUCAAAGAAGAUGAUACAAGCUCGAUUACCAUUCAAGCGUAUGAAUCCUGUCUGUAAAGAAAAUGAUAGAAUUGAGGAAGGAAAGAAAGUCAAAAUCGCCCAAAAUGUUUCUCCUCCGAAUAAAAUACACCUGCUUGAUGCAUCCAUGGAGGACCAGGAGAAUGACUAUGUGAUGGAAACAGAGUUGUUACUUCCUCUUCCAAAAACUGUUAAUGGUAAAGGACCUAUAGACCAGUAUCUUACAAAAACACUGAAAACUACCCAAGUCAACAAGACUAUUACAAUUGACCUAACGGAGGAUUCAAACAGUAGCAUUUCUGAACCAUGUCCUAUAAAUGGAGGUUCACAGAUGCAUUUGACAGAUAGAACUGUGCUUUCAGAGUGCAAACCGCGCAGCCCAACGCCACAAGCAGAAAUUGACACUUGCACAAUUUCUGUGAAGACACCAGAGCGAAUGGAUAAUAUGCGUAUGUUAGGACAGUCACCCAACCAAAGUGUAUUGGGCGAUGUGAAAGUACCUCUUGGGUCUCAGAAUUCCAUCAGGGGGAUAUCCCUUGAGGAAACUGCAUCAAGUAAAUUGUCGGCAGAUAUGCUUAAAGAGAUUGACUCCUCCGAAGAAGACUCGCCUCCCCCAUCUUCUACGUGUUCACCUGUUUCAGUCAGCUCCCCUGAAAAUCAAGCUGAUCCUCAAGAAAAGCACUGCAGUCCCUCAGCUGCGGUAUCUCCUGAAAGUAAAAUUCCUCUGCCAAAGCUGUCCUCAGAGAAGAAGAGACUGAAAGAAAAAGAACAUGAAGAAAAGAAGCGAAAACUACAGUCAGAGAAGGAGGAGAAAGAGCGGGCAAAAGAGGAGGCCAGGGCUGCCAGAGAGAGAGUAAAAGAGGAGGCAAAGAAAAAGAAAGAUGAGGAACGAGAGCAGAGGGAAAAAGAAAAAAGAGAAAAAAAGGAAAAAGAAGAUAGAGAGAAGGCUGAGAAACUUAGACUAAAGGAGGAAAAGAAAAAAGAAAAACUGGAAGCGCUUGAGGCAAAACAAGAAGAAAAACGCAAGAGAGAAGAAGAAAAACGUAUGAAAGAGGAAGAAAAGCGCAUGAAGGCAGAGAAGGCUGAAAUCAGAAGGUUUUUUCAGAAACCUAAAAUGCCUCUGACUCCUAAGACCAUUGCUAGCUUUUGUGGAAAAUUUGCUCCAUUCGAAAUUAAGAAGAACAUGGCUGUGGCCCCACUGUGCCGUGUUGAAUUUAAUACUGAUGCUUUGGAGCAGCUGGACAAGUAUCUUCAGGAUCCAAAUUCAGAGCAGUCCUUCUUAGAUGAGCUAAAGACACGCAAACCACGAAGAAUGGGGCGUACUGUCGUGCCACAAGUAACCGUCAUGAACAGUGAUAUGAUUUGCAGUUAUGUGGAUGAAGUGCAAGUUGUAGAAGAUUCAGAUCAAGUUCCAUGUAAUGAGGAGCUUGUGAAACAGGCUAGUGUCCCUGAGCGUCAGCCAUUUGGGAGAAUGAAGCUGCUUCAAUUCUGCGAAAAUUACCGACCAGCCUACUGGGGAACAUGGAACAGAAAAAGCGGCGUUAUCUGUCCACGCAAGCCAUGGGCUCUGGACACUAAACUACUGGAUUAUGAAGCGGACAGUGACGAAGAAUGGGAAGAGGAGGAACCUGGAGAGUCUUUGUCUCACAGUGAGGGAGAUGAUGACGAUGAGCCCAAAGAGGAGGAGGAGGAAGAUGAUGAUGGGUUUUUUGUGCCUCAUGGUUACUUAUCAGAGGAUGAAGGGGGAGCAUCUGAUGAGGAACGUGCAGACCCAGAGAACGAAAAGGUGAGACAGUGCCUUAAGGCAAAAGAGUGGGCUGAGCUUCUAUCUAAAGGAAAGAAAUUCCGUGUGCUGCAGCCUGUGGUGAUUGGCUGUAUAUGGCAAGAUAGCCGUGAAGCAGAGGUUAGACGGCUACAGAAAUUCACUGUCUGUAUUCUGGAGUCUCCCUCAGCUGAAGAGGAGGUGACACCGGAAACAGUUUCCUGUCGGAAACUGAAUGAUCGACAAAUUCUAUCCCAGCUUCUUCCUUUACUUCAUGGAAAUGUCAAUGGCAGUAAGAUGAUCAUCCAUGAGUUUCAAGAGUGCUGCCGUAUGGGUCUAUUUUCGGAAGCAGACACCAGCAUCACAACAGAAAGUGUGGCUACAAGUCCCAGCAGUCCCAACUCUGCAGCACCUCAAACACCCAAUAUCACAAUUCCCUCUAAAGCUCGUUUGAAACGCAUAAUCUCUGAGAACUCUGUAUACGAGAAGCGUCCAGAUCACCGUAUGUGUUGGUAUGUCCAUUCAGAAGUUCUAAAAAGCUUUGAGCAAGAACACUUGCCUGUGCCCUGCCAGUGGACUUAUAUUACCCACGUGAACAACUCUAAGGAGGACUCUGGUACACCUGUUGCCUCUAUGCAGAUCCAAACGGUCUCUAGUAAGAGGAAAUCUGCAGGCAGUAUGCCUAUCACUAAAUUCAUGAAAAGAGCCAAGGAGAUAAGUAAGGAGGAUGUAAUGGAUAUUGAUGGCUUCCAGGCUGAUACAGAGGAAGAGGAAAACGAUGACUGCAUAGUUGUGGAUGAGCAGCAGAAUAAGGUUGCAGAGGAUCCCAGUACAGCAUAUGAUGUGGAUGUCUCCCUAGGUGAUGCAGCGGUCACUGUAUCUAGCCUAGCUUGAAACUCAAUACUUAUGAAUGUGUAGACUGGAUGAUUUUUUUUUUUUUUAAAUAUAACAUUAAACAAAAACAUCUGAGGUAUAUGUGUGUCUUUUUUUGUAUGAGAUUUAAAUCGUCAGUCUAAACGAGGCAGCACUUUCAUGCUAAAUAUUCCAAAAUCAGGCUGGAAUGAAUGCAUUGUUCUAGGGUGUAACACUUCUAAUUUGUCUGUAAUAAAGCAUUCAAAUUGAACAAUGUUGUAUACUUUCUACCAGCAUGUUUAAAUGUGUAUGCUGGCUUCAGGGAGCUUGGAAAACACAUGGAUACAAGUAGGUUUGUAGCUUGAGCCAUGUGUUAGUUUUUUUUGUGUUUUUUAAUCUAAUUGUAGCUUUGUACAUUACAGUUGGUGCCUCAUUCUUGAAAGAAAACAAUCCUUAAUAAUGCCACUGGUUAUCACUUCACUUCCACUUCUGGUUAAGCUUAAGGUUACUUUUUUCUUUUCUUUUUGUCUUCUAGAACAUGAAAAUGGAGUGAAAACAAACCUUUAAUUUGUUAGAUCACAUGUUAUCACACAUGAAUAGCUGCACUUUUGCUUACCUGUACUUUGUAUAUAUGUUAUUGUUCAAGGAAAUAUAUUGCACAAUAAAUGUACUGUGCCAACAAAA